AUGGUUCGGGGCCUCGCCGUGCCCAUGCCGAGGCUUCCCCCGGAGGAGGCGCAAUUCGCAUCCGCCUUGCCCGAGCCCCGCUCGCACACGCGAGUGUCGACGCCGGAACCACCUGCAUGCUCCGAGGGGGGCGGGCGUGGCGGCCUUGGCCUCGCGGCCGGCACGGGCGACAAAGGCGCUGAGGCGGGCCUUCACGUGAAUCUGUGCAAUGCGCUGCCAGUCCACUUUCUCGAAGACGAGGACCAGCUUCAGACCGCGCGCGAGGACACCGCGAACGAGGAGUUCUACGGCAAGUUCUCCCUAGAGGAGCUGACGCCUCCGGCGGGCUGCACCGUCAGCCUGGGCGCCGCGCUGCCCUUUGGCGUGCCGGCGCAGGGCACGCAGACUUGCGACUCCGCGGACUUUCCUGGCCCGCCCCGAAGGGCCGGCGCGGCCGACUUCUUGAUGGAGGACUUCCGCGGCAAGCCGAAGACCUGCGCCACCCGGAGCCAGGUGGUGUCGAUUGGCAGCGUCGGGCACCCGCACUCGUGCAGCGAGCCGUGCAAGCACCGCAUGCGCAAGACCGGCUGCCUCCUGGGCGCGAGCUGCCACAAGUGCCACCUGUGCCACUGGCGCUCGGAGCGCGCCAGGACCGCGCAGGAGCUGCGGCAGGCGGCGCUGGGCGUCCCCGCCGCUGCCGCCCUGGACGCGCUGGCCAGGACCCCGCCGCCGCCGCAGCCCCGCGAGGUGCACCGCCCAAUGCCGUGGGAGCCACCGGCGCCGCCGCAGGUCCCCCGCCUGGCGCCGCCCACGCGCAGAGACCAGCCCGCCUACGUGAUCCCCAGCGCCUCCGUCGGCGAGCGGCCCCCGUCGGCGCCCGAGGCGGCGGCGGCCGCGGGCGGCAAAGGACCGCCGGCCGCCUUCCGCGGCUCCGCGGACUGCCCCUCGCUGGGGUCCAUCGGCCAUCCGCUCUCGUGCCAGUGGCCGUGCAAGUACGCCCGCAAGUUGAAGGGGUGCAAGCAGGGGCCCGCCUGUGACCGCUGCCACCUGUGCUGCUGGACGCGCUCGAAGGAGCACAAGAAGCAGAUCCUGGAGGCGAAGGUGCUCCCCCUCUUCGGGUAG